AACACAGCCUCUUCUUUUUAGCCGCCGUCGUUUAAUUCCUCGACAUAUGUACACUCUUUGUCAUCCUCGUCAUCGUUCACGUUCUCGUUCUCGUUUUCGUUCUCGUUCUCAUUGUCAGCCUCAAGCAGAGCAGAGCAGAGCACACUGUGCCGCCUUUUGAAUGCAGCAGUCCAGCCUGAGUAAGACUCUCAAUUCCUUCGUGCAGCAGUCGACCCCAGGUCUCUCAUGACCGCAACUGCCUCUGGGUUCCCCACCAUCCACCACCCGCAUUGACCAUGCCGCCGUUUCCAGGCGAAGAAACAUUGGCUACAGUCUUUGUCGACGCCCAUACCUACUUUGGCCCUCCUAGCCCCAGACCGAUCCUCCACCGCUUCGACAAGGACUGCUACCUAUACAUUUACUACAACUCGACCCGUCACACCAGUCGCCUCGAAGUUGCGGUCAAUCCGAGCACUGCCGACCAGACCUCAUUCAAUGGUUUCUUAGAUAUAGUCUCCAUUUCCAACUCGGAUAGGUUCCCCAGCCGCCUCACCUUGGUUGUCGGCGGCCAUGACCAUGCCGCUUCAUCUCCCGCCUCAGCAAAAGCCCGUGAUCCAGAUGAGUGGCGAUUGGCCAGUGCAGAUCCACGCGAUUCAGGCACUACAAAAUAUCGCAUUCAUACCAUAGAUUUUUACUUUUGGGUCUCGGAAGACGCCAAAUUGAUCUUGGAUUUCAUGAGCCGGCUGCUAGAUCCCCACCAGUUGGAUAUUCCUCAAACCCGUGCUCACCAUGAUGAAGACGAGCACCUGGUUAGCUCCGUGGUUCAGAAUCUUGAAAACGUGGCAAUAUCAGACCCAGCGUACCAUGAGCCGAAGCAAAGCAACUCACCAGGUCCGCCGCCCAAAGAACCCCCUCAACCUCAGCCUCCCCAGGCGUCUGGUCUAGCAGCCAACCAGCAAACCUCUCUUGCUGCGACGUCGCCUACAUCAUCCAGUGCUGGCGUCGGCGCUGUCCCGAUCAAUAAGUCUCCCACUUCUGAUCAGAGUUAUGCUCCGCUAGCAUACAAUCCUGCUGCACCCGCAGCACCUGAACCUACUGCCCAUCGGGAAGAUACUCCUCCUCCCGUGGAUGGGGCUGGUGGAACUGGCCUUGCAGCGGCCGUCCAUGACAACCCCUACGCCCAUCAACAGCGUCAGCAAUAUCAGCAGCAUCCACAGCAGUCAUAUGGGUUCCCUCCCGCUCCAUCAGCUGGUCAAUAUGGAUCUCUUCCAACUCCUUCCUUUGGCCCACACGCAACAAGCCCACCACCUGCAGCUUCAUUCGGACCCCAGUCACAGCCAUCUUUCGGACCUCACGCAGUCUCGCCGCCUCCUCAGGCCUCGCCUAGGACCUCACUCGCCGCUCAGACUUACACGCCUGGUGGACAGGAUCCCAACGCCCACAUAUUCGGCCAGCAACAAGCGGUUCAGACUCCAGGAACUCAAUUCUACCAGUCCAUCAACAACCAACAGACCCAUAAGCCUCUCGCCCACGUUCAGCCCCAGUACCCUGACUACCUCUCUUCCGGCGGUCACGCCCGUUCCCGUCCUCCCAGCGGUUACUCCAACUACCAAUACGCCCAGCAAGCUCCACUACCACAGCCUGGCCAGCAGCAGCAACCCCCGCCACCUACUGCCGGAAACCCUUACGAUGUCCACAACCAGUUCUAUCAACCCACCGAGUUGGAACACCGGAAUUCGCAUCACUACUCAUCCUCAUCCUCUCGACCACACCGUAACUCGAGCACCUCACAGCACCAACAGCACAAGCCGAGCAAUACAGAAAAGAUUGAGAAAGGAGUGGGCAAAUUUUUCCGCAAAAUCGAGAAGAAGAUUGGGUAGGAAAGCCAGACACUGCAGGACAAGAUUGAAGGUGUCGAGUAUUGUCAACCUAUUCAUAGCAUCGCCAAAUGUAUUCACCGAGCCAACAGCGCGAGUCUCAGCAAGCAAUUUGGAUUUAUCUUAUAGUUUGAAGUGGAGAAUGACCUAGAUACGAAAUAAUGAAAUGAUAAGAC